AGUGACAGACUGGCUCAAGCCACGCCGCGACCUCGAAUUCGUCCCCGUCAGCCAUGGCUUUCUCGCAUGGUGAGGUGUACAACCCCCACGGCUGCAAAUGCAUGCCCAGGAUGCCAGGCGAUAGCUGCCCCAAGGUGCUGGUGGCACCACCGCACUACAUCCAGGGGCCAAACAUCAUGCCUUCUUUGGGCCGGUACGUCAGCAAGCUUUUGGGCUGCCGCAAGGUAGGCAUGCUGAUCAUCCCCUUUGGGCGCAGCGCCUGGGAGCCCGGCAUCGUGGAGGGCUUCAAGGACCACGGCAUCUCCUGGGACGUGCAGACCUUCGACGGGGCGCCCUCCUAUGAGGCCGUGGACCACCUGGUGGGCAUUUGGGAGAAAGAGGGCCUCGAGGCGCUUGUGGCAGUGGGAGGUGGCACCUGCGGAGACUGUGCCAAACUGGUGGCCUUCAAGCUGAAAGUGCCGCUGGUCAACGUCUCAACCUUGGCAGCUACGGAUGCACCUUGCAGCGCCCUUUCCAUUAUGUACACUGUUGAAGGUGCCUACAGGGGUGGCGAAGUGUACCCGCAGUCUCCGAACAUCGUGGCAGUGGACACAGCGGUCAUAGCCAGCGCUGGGAAGCGCUCACUGGUCAGCGGCUUCGGAGAUGCCAUGAGUACCUACUAUGAGGCGCGGACCUGCUACGAGAACCCAAAGGGCCUGUCAAUGCUGGAGGCAAGGCCAACAGAGACGGCCAUGGCGAUUGGAGCCUUGUGCGCGAAGAUGCUCUACGAGAACGCCCAGGAGGCAUUGCUUGCGGUGGAGGCCAAGCAGCCGAACGAAGCCCUGGAGAAGGUGGUGGAGGCCAACACGCUGCUCAGUGGCUUGGGCUUCGAGUCGGGGGGGCUGAGCGCCUCCCAUGCGGUGGCGCAGGCACUGUCAUGGGUGCACAGCGUGCACGACAACUUGAUGCAUGGCGAGAUGGUGGCCAUUGGCUUGCUCACCAUGCUCACUAUGGAGGACAUCAAGGGCCUCCCGGGAAGGAAGGACGAGUAUCGCAAGGUGGCCGAGUUCUUCUCCAAGGUUGGCCUUCCCGUGUGUUUGAAGCACGCCUUUUUCGACCCCAACGAUCAGAAGGCGAUUGAUACAUUCACGCGGGUUACCUUGGACCAGUGGUUCUGCCACAACGAGCCCUUCCCCGUCUCCGAGGAUUUGAUCCUGCAGAGCGUGAUGGAAGCAGAUAAGAAGGGCAAGGCGAUAGUGUCCGAGUUGGGCGAUGCAGCCUAUCGAGCCAUCCACGGUGGCCUCAGCAAAAUCUGAAAUGUGUUUCUCGUGAAUCUUUGGACAGGAAGGGGGCGCAGGGUCACUUUGCGCAUGGUUGUUACUUUCGCAGCUUGUAGUGCGCCGGCAAGGAAGCUUUCUGAAACGGGCGAGCCUUGCUUGCGUGGACCUGGCCGCACCAAGAUUGUACAGUUUUGCGGGUCGUAGAGUCAUGGGCUUGCUUUUGAGGUCAAGCCUCCGUUCCGCAUGAGCAUAGGCUCAUAACCCGGUUGACCAAAGGCUUCAGCCUUGCUGAGGCUUUGACUCCCGGGAAAUUUAAUGCCGUUGGAACAGGCUUAGGCAUUUCCAAUAGAGACGCGCGGUAGGCCUGGCUGAAGAAAAGCCAGCUUUCACAGGUGUGCUUAGUUUAACAGCGAGGUUUAGCUGGCAAUGAUUUGUAG